UUUUCACACACACUAGUGGUUUCCUCUAACCCGCCCUUCUAUAACGACGUCACGUCCUCUUCCUGGUGAAGAUGGCGGCCGCCGGUCCGCCUCAGCCUGCUCCGUCUGAGCCUGGAAACGUUGUGAUAAAGACGGAGCCUGAAGACGGGGAUGAUUUGCUCCCCACUCCGCGGGACGUGCCGGUUAGACGUGACCCCGUGGUGCGCCUGCUGUCCCCGGUGAGCGGGCUGCAACCCCUCAGCUGGUCUCCGGACCACCGCCUGGCUGUGUGCACCUCCAGCUCCCUGAGUGUGAUGGAGCUGCUCUGUGAUGUCUCCUGUAACGAGCAGGACCUGAGACUGCACAGGACCUCCAUCCCUGUCCCGACUGAAGCGCAGAGGCUGCAGGUUGGACCAUCAGCUGACCUAGUGCUUGCGGUGGAGAAAUUCUCAGUACAUCCAGACCACUCUGUCAGGCAGGUUUUUCUGGCAGACACGGUGGUCAACCCGUCAAUAGGGGUGCACAAAGGGAUGAAGUACUCCAGCUGGUCUCCAUUAGGUUGUGACUCCUCCGGACGGUGUCUGCUCGCUUGCCUAACGCUUGAUAACCGACUGACCGUUCACAGCAGCCAUGGGUACCUCGAGUGGAAAAUGCUGGUCAAUCUCACCAAGAAGUACAGCGAGAGACUAAAGGAACGAGCCUACGCCAAGAAGGACAACAAGCCCCCUGAGGCAAACUUGUUGGACCUUGCCGAGCUUCAGCGGCGAUUCCGCAUGCAGAUCCCUCUGAGGAUGAAGUGGUCAAGCAUUUACACCAUCAAAAAGGUCCAGUCGGACAACAGCUGUGUGGAUGAAGAAAUGGUGCUCCUAGCGGUCCUGAUGGAAAACGGUGACCUUGUUUUGUGGAAGUUUGUGCUGCCGUUCGCACACGGAGAUGACGUCGUGUUCUAUGACAUCAUUGAGUCCGGCGUGAGCAGGCCCAGUGACUUGGCGUGGUGGGAGUACAAGAAUGGGGAUAAACGAAUGGGGGGCCUAAUUAUAGGCAGCGAGGUGGGACCCAUAAAGAUCAUGCCUGUCAAUCUGUCGAACGUUAAGGGCUACUUCACUCUCCGGCACCCCAUUAUCCUGUGGAAGGAGUGCGAUGAGAUUCCAGUGGAAAAUAUCAGAUGCUUCCCGCUGAUACACCCGAUCCAUAAAACCAGCUGCAGCCUCAUCAUCGCCUCACGGGGAUGCUACGUCUUCUGGUGUUUGCUAAUGAUUUCACCAGCCGGACUAAAUGUGCACAAUUCCCACAUAACGGGACUCCACUCGCUCCCUGUGGUCUCCUUAGCAGUCAGUCAGCAUGAAGUUGCAGUCUACACAUGCUCGAUUGACGGCUGGAUAAAAAAACUGACGCCAAAGUUCACAGAGAGCUCUGUGAUUUUCAAAGUUGAGGACUUGUUUCAACCAGAGUCUCUCAAAGGGAGACAGACUCAUGGGAUAGCCUUGAGCCACAACGGAGCGUACAUUGCUAUGGUCAGCACGCAGUUGAUCGUUCGUGGCAUCCACCCUCUUAACAAGAAUUACCAUGUCCACUUUCUGACCCUGAAAACUCCUGAAAUGGCUGCAUCACUGCUGCUCAAGUCCCCUGAGCAGAACUUGUACAAAACAGCGGACUUGCUCGACCUGGUGAGGUGGCAGAUUUUGAAAACAAAGGACAUCCCUGCGUCACUCCAGGAGGAGCUCGACCGUCAAAUUCAGGAAGGAGACUCGCCCUAUUUUUGGCGCAUCAAGCUUUUCGUGGCGCGAAUUCUUGACCAGUCGCUGCAGCUCCCUCACUCAGAAACCAAGUGGAAACCCAGCCAGAUGGAAGGCAAAGUGUUUGUACAAGACGAGAAAGAGGACGAGGAGGCGGUUGAAAAGGAUGAAGAUGCUUCUGAGAGCUUGGAGCCUGGAGUCAAGGAGAAUCGGGAUGACCGCAGGACUGAGGUGCAGACUCUGAUCAAUGCUGCAGAGAUGCAUCUGCUGAGGGAACAUAUGAAGAAGGUGUUGGGGGUGGUGUACCUCAACACCUGGGUACCACAGAACAUCGGUAUCCCCACCUGUGGCCUGAUGGAUUAUCUAUCCAGAGAACCUAACGACAGAGAUUCAGAGGUCCUGAUCGGCCACAUCAAGAAAAAGCUGAACAAGCAGACGUUCCCGGAGCACUGCAGCCUCUGUCAAGCCCGGCUGCCCUUCACCGACAGCAAACAAGUCGUCUGCGAAAACGGACACAUGUGGCUCAGGUGCGUGUUGUCAUACCAGGCCUGCCAGACACUGACGUUCAGACGGUGCCUCCUGCAGGAUUGCAUUGCCAGACUGCCAGAGCCUGAGGAUCCGGAGUGGAUAAAGAAGCUGUUGAAGGCGCCCUGCGUGCUCUGCGAUUCUCCGAUGAUCUAAAAACCAAACAAUCUGUGUAGCCUGCAUCUGUCUCUGCAACCCACAUGGGUCCACAGACCUCAUCCAGGGUUCAGUUUAUUUCAAAUUGCUGCUUUAAAGUGUAUUUUUGAUAUAUUAUAAUUUAUUUUAUUAGUUAAUAUUGUUAUAAUAAAAAGAGCAAAUAAAAAGCC